UCUAUCUCUCUUUUCACACUCACAUACACACACAGCAUCAAUAACACACUCACACACAAACAGAUAAUAUAUACAUAUAUAUAUAUACAUACAAUCCAAAAACUCAAUUGAAUAUCACCGGAAACAUCGGAGGUGAUUGAUAGUCUGGAGUGGUUGCCGGAGAAGCAAAUCGGCGGUGAAACGGAAAAUGACAUCAACGAGGCUGUUACUAUUGCCUCUUUUAACACCUACUACUACUAGUACUGCUACUACUUCAACUUCUUCUUCUUCUUCUUCUUAUUCUUCUUUGAGUUUUAGGGUUUCUACCUCACCAAUUUCAUCCAAUAGGAAGCCGUGGCUUUGUGGUAAAAGACAUCAAGGCACUGUUAGCUUAAAGAUUGAAGAUGGAAAUGAAGUCAAUAUGUUAGGUUCUGAUGAUGAAUUUACAACUCAAGUUCCAACCCAAGCUCAAACCCUUUCGGAAAGCUCAGGCGCAGUACUUGUCUCGGAAUACAAACCUUCUCCGGAUGUUGAUUACCUACAGGAGUUGCUAGCAAUUCAGCAACAAGGACCACGUAAUAUUGGCUUUUUUGGGACACGAAAUAUGGGCUUCAUGCAUCAAGAGCUUAUUGAAAUUCUUAGUUAUGCUAUGGUCAUAACGAAAAAUCACAUUUUUACAUCAGGAGCUUCUGGCACUAACGCUGCUGUAAUAAGAGGUGCACUAAGAGCUGAACGCCCAGAGUUGCUUACUGUGAUACUGCCUCAAAGUUUGAAAAAGCAACCUCCUGAAAGCCAGGAGUUACUAUCAAAAGUAAAAAAUGUGAUUGAAAAGCCUUACAACGAUCAUCUCCCGUUGAUUGAAGCCAGCAGGCUCUGUAAUAUGGAUAUCAUAUCUCAAGUGCAGCAAGUCAUCUGCUUUGCGUUUCAUGAUAGUCGAUUACUUAUGGAAACGUGCCAAGAAGCAAAGAAUCUCAGGAAGAUUGUAACCCUAUUUUACCUAGAUUGAUUCACUGGUCGUUUUUGUGUACACAUCAAAAGCAGCACAACUUAUUUUUGCUGAUUUUUCUUUGCAAUCGAUAUAGAGAAGUCAGUCCCUUGCAAGUUGAUCGCUAAAAGCAAAUGUUGUUUAUUUUUACUGUCAUUAUUAUUUAUUUGUUAUUGUUUUUAGACAAACUGAACAGCUUGAAAGGUGUACGGGAUACAGUUUAUGUACAAUAUAUAUUCUUGUCCAUAAA